AUGUCUAUGGCUGACGAACCACUAUAUCCGAUAGCAGUGCUUAUAGAUGAGUUGAAAAAUGAUGACAUUCAGCUGCGGUUAAACUCGAUUCGCAGGCUAUCAACAAUUGCUCGUGCACUUGGGGAGGAGCGAACCCGUCGAGAGUUAAUUCCAUUUUUGAGUGAAAAUAAUGAUGAUGAUGAUGAGGUACUUCUUGCUAUGGCAGAAGAGUUGGGAGUUUUCAUUCCUUACGUUGGGGGAGUGGAACAUGCCAGUGUGUUGCUGCCACCACUAGAGACACUUUGCACUGUUGAGGAGACCUGUGUAAGAGAUAAAGCUGUGGAAUCGCUAUGUAGAAUUGGAUCUCAAAUGAGGGAGAGUGAUUUGGUUGAAUAUUUUAUACCAUUGGUGAAGAGAUUGGCAGCAGGUGAAUGGUUUACUGCCCGAGUCUCUGCAUGUGGGCUAUUUCAUAUUGCAUACCCUAGUGCACCAGAAACAUCAAAGACAGAGUUGAGAUCAAUAUACAGUCAGUUAUGUCAGGAUGACAUGCCUAUGGUUAGAAGGUCGGCUGCAUCAAAUCUUGGUAAAUUUGCUGCAACUGUUGAAUAUGCUCAUUUGAAGGCUGAUGUCAUGUCAAUUUUUGAGGAUCUUACUCAAGAUGAUCAAGAUUCUGUCAGAUUGUUGGCUGUGGAGGGCUGUGCUGCUCUUGGCAAGCUGUUGGAGCCACAAGAUUGUGUUGCACAUAUACUACCUGUUAUUGUUAACUUCUCCCAGGAUAAGUCGUGGCGGGUGCGUUACAUGGUUGCAAAUCAAUUAUAUGAACUUUGUGAAGCUGUGGGCCCUGAACCUACCAGAACGGAAUUGGUACCUGCUUAUGUGCGAUUACUUCGAGACAAUGAGGCCGAAGUACGGAUAGCAGCUGCUGGAAAAGUGACCAAAUUUUGCCGGAUUUUAAAUCCAGAUCUUUCAAUUCAGCAUAUUCUUCCCUGUGUGAAGGAAUUGUCAUCAGAUUCUUCACAGCAUGUCCGCUCUGCUUUAGCUUCAGUAAUAAUGGGAAUGGCUCCAGUGUUAGGAAAGGAAGCAACAAUUGAGCAGCUUCUUCCUAUUUUCCUUUCACUUUUGAAGGAUGAAUUUCCUGAUGUGCGCCUAAACAUCAUCAGCAAGCUCGAUCAAGUGAAUCAGGUUAUCGGAAUUGAUCUGUUAUCUCAAUCUUUGUUACCAGCCAUUGUUGAGCUUGCUGAGGAUAGGCAUUGGAGGGUCCGGCUUGCAAUUAUAGAAUAUAUACCCUUAUUGGCAAGUCAAUUGGGGGUUGGAUUUUUUGAUGACAAGCUUGGUGCUCUUUGCAUGCAAUGGUUGCAGGAUAAGGUUCAUUCAAUUCGUGAAGCAGCUGCUAACAACCUGAAACGCCUUGCUGAAGAAUUUGGCCCUGAGUGGGCUAUGCAGCACAUAAUACCACAGGUUUUGGAGAUGAGCAGCAACCCACACUAUUUGUAUCGGAUGACUAUUCUUCGUGCUAUCUCUCUGCUUGCUCCUGUAAUGGGGCCCGAAAUCACGUGUUCAAACUUGUUACCGGUGGUUGUUGCUGCUUCAAAAGACAGAGUGCCCAACAUAAAGUUCAAUGUGGCGAAGGUAUUGGAAUCCAUCUUCCCCAUCGUUGAUCAGUCUGUGGUGGAGAAAACUAUCCGUCCAUGCCUGGUUGAGCUCAGUGAGGAUCCUGAUGUUGAUGUGCGAUUUUUCUCUAACCAAGCACUACAGGCAAUUGAUCAUGUCAUGAUGUCUAGCUAG